CAUCAAAGAAUUUUCUCAAUCCAAUAAAAGAACUCCCCAAAAAGAAUUGAAAUGCCAAUGUAACUGAAAAACUGGGCGGAAAUUUCAUGAAGAAGAAGAGCAAGUCUCGUAUGCGCCUUUGACUUUCAACAACUGCCUUCUCUUGAAAAACAGGAACCCAACAACACCAACCUGCAAGAUGAUAACGAUUCCAGUGAACAAAAGCCCAAUUUUUUUUCCUUGUGAUCACGUAAAUGUGGUGGAGGAGGAGGUGGAGGAGGUUGUGGCUGCUCCCUAUGGGAAUUGGUUGUAUCCUUUUUAUUAAUUGGAGGCGGCUGUGCACUAAAAGGCGCUCCUGGGAGGGAAGGCGCUCCUGGGCGGGAAGGCGUUCCUGGGCGAGAAGGCGCUGCAGGGCCAGAAGGCGCUCCCGGGCGAGAAGGCGAUCCCGGGCGAGAAGGUGCUGCCGGAGGCCGCGAUGGUGAAUAGGCUGGUGUUCGCGAUGGAGGAGGAUGAGAAAAUGGAGAUCGAGAUGGUGGAGGUGGUGGCCUUCUAUUAGAUGAUUGUGGCUCAACAGGAUCAGUGAAGAUUGUAAACAAAAGGCAUAAACUUAAAAGCAUCAAUCUUGAUAAAGGCGGUUCCAUAAAAACCAACGCUACGCAAAUCCAAAACCUUUUUUGGGUUUAAAAUAAAGGAUUUUGCUGCAUUCUUUAUUUUGGAUAUGACCCAAAAUUCUUGCUUUUGGAUAUGACCCAAAAUUCUUGCUUUUUUUCUUCUUCAGCUUUCGAAUUCUGAGAACUUUGGACUAGGCUUUCAACAUUUGGCAGGAUUAUUGCAUCGAUCGUGGUUUCUUCUUCUUUUGAGAAAUCAAGCAAAUGGGUGAAACCGGUUUCUUCCAAAUUCUUGACUUGUUUCAACUUCAGCUUCCCCCAAUUCAAAAUCUAGGGUUCUUAAAACAUUUGGUACCAAAAUUUUAGGGUUUGGCCUAAAACGGAUAGCUCUUUUUUAAAUCAGGGUAUAAGUGAUUCCUACCCUUUUUUGAAGGAUCUAGAUUAGGCCGCGUCCGCGCUUCCAGUAGGUGACGGUGACGGCUGUUUCCUUGCGGGCGAAGCAUUGAAGGGACUCGAUUGGAGCCGCCAGGGUUACUUUUGUGUUGAAGAAAAAGUUGAGUUGGACUGGAAGUAUUUACUUUUGAGUUGAAGAAAAAGUUGAGUUGGAUUCGAAGUAUUUAACGAGUUUUGCGCGAAGAAGGAAGACCUGUUACAUUCUUCCUAGGCUUCUACCAGGCCAACCUUUAAAUAUAUAAAUAUUUGCAACGUCAAUAAAUAAUAUCCUUAAUCACCCAAAACCCUAAAAAAAAGCAAAUGAAACCUCAAUCCAAAGGAUUGGUAAGUUUGCUACUGCAGCCUGAUCAGAAGCAGACAACGGCAAGUUUGCAACUGCAGCCUGCUCCUGAUCAGAAACAGACAAUGGCUCCAACGAUGAAGAAGCGGAAGAGAAGGGCACGAAUUCAUGAUGAUCUAAUCAUUGGGAUAUUGGCCAGACUUCCACUAAAAUUUAUAGUGCGUUUUCGACGUCUCUCCAAAUACUGGAACGCUUUACUUACAAGCCCAAGCUUUAUCAGGACACACCUCAAUUAUGUUAAAGAAAGCGAAUCCAAUAGUAUGCAUCGGCUUAUCCUCUCUUCUACUUAUACUCUUCAAUCGAUGAGGUAUGGAGUAUGUGAGUCGUGCAAGCUUAAUUUUCCCCGGAUAUAUCCAAAGAGGAGACGUUUUCUUUUUGAAAUUUUAGGUUCUUGCAACGGCUUGUUAUGUCUAGUUGUGUCAAGAAAAACUCUUAUUUUGUGGAAUCCAAGUAUAAGAGAGUUUAAGAAAUUACCUCUCUCUUGUCCUCUGAGUAACAAUAAGAUUAAUAAGACCGACACCUUCGGAUUCGGUUAUGAUUAUUCUACUGAUGAUUAUAAACUCAUAAGAUUUGUUCAUGUUAUAGAUGGGAUAGAAUCAUCGUAUAUCUAUUCACUAAAAUCUAAUACAUGGAAAAGAAUCCAAGGCUUUUCUGUUUCUAUAAAAUUUUUUGAAGAUUUAAUUUCAGGGACUUUUGUUAAUGGAGUCCUUUAUUGGAAUAUUAUAUAUCCGGGUAAAAUAAUUCCUUGGAUUCUUAGAUUUAAUCUAACAUCUGAGAAGUUUGAGACUUUAUCACCGCCUAAUGAUGUAAAUAAGGGACAUGAUUUUGCAUUGCGGGAGAUUGGAGGAUGCUUAACUUUGGCUCAAAAUCUUGAGGGGCGUAGCAUAGAGAUGUGGAAACUAGAGAAGGAUAACACGAAACAGGGUUGGACAAAGUUCAUGACAAUUAUGAAUCUGCAAACAUUGCCAUAUCCACAUGAUUUGGUGCCAAUAUGCUUUAUGAAAAAUGGUGAAGUCCUCAUUACCUAUGGUAAAAAUGUGGCAUUCCUUGCAAUAGGUAGAGAGAGAAGCAGAUUUGAAUUGUAUGAUCCGAGGACAAGCACAUUCAGAAGACUACAAGUUUGUGGUAUAAGUCGAUGGUCUCAAGCAAUACCAUAUACGAAGAGUUUGGUUUCACCAAAACUCUUGAUGGCUUGUGAUGGCAUGAGAGUAGGCAAAUGA